GAUAAUCGACGAUAGGAACAAACAACUUGUCGGUCGGCAUCUUGACCAUACAAACAAACAACAACUUGUCUUGUUUGUGGUCCGCAACUGUAGCGUGGCAUGAUAAAUGAUGACAAGAGUGAGAAAGAGACAGUUAUAGUUUCAUUUUAACUCUUAGUCAGCUAACCCUUCGAAAUUGAGAUCGGGCCUUUGGAAUUUGGGGAAGGAAAGCAAUGGAGGGAAUAGAGCACACAACUGUAAGGGCAAAUGGAAUCAACAUUCACCUGGCGGAGAAAGGACAAGGUCCCAUCAUUCUACUCCUCCAUGGCUUCCCCGAGUUUUGGUACUCCUGGCGCCACCAGAUCCACGCCCUCGCCUCUCUUGGCUACCGAGCGGUGGCUCCUGACCUCCGGGGCUACGGCGACAGCGACGCCCCGGCGGACGUCGAUAGCUACACUUACUUUCACCUGGUGGGCGACCUUAUCGGAGUGCUGGACGCCAUCGGCGCCGACAAGGUGUUCGUGGUGGGCCACGAUUGGGGAGCCUUCAUUGGUUGGAAUUUAUGCUUGUUUCGCCCUGAUAGAGUGAAGGCUUUGGUGAACCUGAGUGUUUCUUUUUCUCCAAGAAACGCCAUGAAUAAGCCACUCCAGACCUUCCGGGCUCUCUACGGAGACGACUACUACAUUUGCAGAUUUCAGGAGCCUGGGGCCAUAGAAACUGAGUUUGCUGAGAUCGGCAUUGACAAAGUUCUCAAGUAUUUUCUCACUUCAUUACCCGCUGGUCCAUUGUUUCUGCCAAAAGGAAAAGCCUUAAGAGAUCAACUAGGCAUCCCGAUUACCUUGCCCUCUUGGUUGUCUGAGGAAGAACUCAACUAUUAUGUGACCAAAUAUGAGAAUACAGGCUUCACAGGAGGAUUAAACUACUACAGAAAUCUUGACCUAAGUUGGGAACUCACAGCACCCUGGACCGGGAGUCAAGUUGAAGUUCCGGCCAAGUUUAUUGUGGGUGACCUGGACCUUACUUAUAAUACCCCUGGCUUUAAUGAAUCUAUGACCUUCGAUGAGUUGAAGAAACAUGUGCCACUUUUGGAGGAGGUAGUUGUGAUGAAAGGAGUUGGCCAUUUUCUCCAGGAAGAAAAGGCAGAUGAGAUCAACCAACACAUCCAUGCCUUCUUCCAGAGGAUCCUACUAUUAGUUUUGGAGAGACCCGAGUGUAAGCAUCGUCUACCUCCCGAGAGACCCGACGCAGAAAAUUUUGGAGAGAUUUCGUCUCUUGUAUGGAGAUGACUUCUACGUUUGCAGGUUUCAGAAGCUGGGAAUUCAACAGCACCAUGGUCCGGGAGUCCGAUCAUAGUACCCAGUAAGUUCAUCAUGGGGGACCUGGACAUCACUUACAAUUUCACAGGCAUUAAAGAAUAUAUAGAGUGCCACUUCUGGAGGAAGUAGUUGUGUUGGAAGGGUUGGGUCACUUUCUCCAGGAAGAAAAGCCAGAUGAGAUCAACAAACAACUCCAUGACUUCUUUCAGAAGUUCUGGUUUCCUUUCAUAUCUUUUCACUAAAUCGUUGUUGUCCUGUGAGGAAUUUUGUGUUAUGAACCAGUUGGAAGACUUCUUCCACUUCCACACAUCAAUAAAACAGCUCACUAUUUUUUUUCUCUUU